AUGUGGUGCCGGCGAAGAAUGCUCCGGAUCUCAUGGACUGAACGCCGUACAAACGUCUCUAUUCUUGAGGAACUCGGCUCUCCACUAUUUGCACCCAACGUGUGCUGGGGCGGCACCAUAGAAGAAUACGGGGUAUACACGAUGCUGCCGGCGCAGCAGCUGCCCCCCAUCAGCCCGUGGCCCCCCGACGGCGUGCUGGACCGCAUGGACGACCUGGCGCACAAAGGUCACAGCGGUGUUAACCAGCUCGGCGGGGUGUUUGUAGGAGGCAGGCCGCUGCCGGACUCCACGAGGCAGAAGAUCGUGGAACUAGCGCACUCGGGAGCCCGGCCCUGCGACAUCAGCCGCAUCCUGCAGGUCUCCAACGGCUGCGUGUCCAAGAUACUCGGCAGGUACUACGAGACCGGCUCCAUCCGCCCCCGCGCCAUCGGCGGCUCGAAGCCCCGCGUGGCCACCGCUGAAGUGGUCUCCAAGAUCGCUCAAUACAAGCGCGAGUGCCCCUCGAUCUUCGCGUGGGAAAUCAGGGACCGCCUUCUGAGUGAGGGGGUCUGCACGUCGGAUAAUAUUCCUAGUGUCUCCUCUAUCAACCGCGUGCUCCGAAACCUCGCCGCUCAGAAGGAGAAGACCAACUCCCAGCCUCCCCCCACUGACUGCAACACACCAGUGUAUGAGCGGCUAAGACUGCUUGGCUCCCAGUCAAACUGGCCAAGAGCGCCCUGGCCAGCUCAGAUAGAUGCAAGAACCCCGCCGUAUCAGCUGCACAGUUUGAGUCCUGGGCCGCAGAUGUGCAAUGGCGAUAUGGGGAUGAAAAAAGGAGAAGAGCCACUUGAAGGUCUAGAAGGCCUCCACUCCGACGAGACAGGGUCCGGAGACAACUCCAACGCGGGCUCAAGCGGCGCCGACGACGACGCGGCGCGACUGCGGCUCAAACGCAAGCUGCAGAGGAACCGCACCAGUUUCACUAACGAACAGAUCGACAGCUUGGAACGCGAGUUCGAGCGGACACAUUACCCGGACGUCUUCGCCCGGGAGCGACUUGCGGCCAAGAUCGGCCUCCCAGAGGCUAGGAUACAGGUGUGGUUCUCGAAUCGGCGCGCGAAGUGGCGACGCGAGGAGAAGAUCCGCGCGCAGCGCCGCAGCCCCGAGUGCUACCCGCCGCAGCCGCAGUACGCGCCGCCCGUCAACAUCGACAGCUACAGUCCGCUUACCCCAAUGGGCUACGGACCGACGCCCAUGCCCGAGCCAGCUCCGGUGCCCGUCUGCGAACCGGACCCUGAGCUCUGCAAGGGCGGGUUCCUGGGCUACCCGCGCUACGAGCUCGGAUACCGACAACCACCGCAUUACGUCAACCACCCGUACCAGCACGAGCCAUCGCCCACACCAGAACUAGGCGGUCUCCUAGGCGCCGGAGUAUCCGUGCCGCUGGCCGUGCCGGGACAAGAGUCGCAGCAAUACUGGUCGCGCCUGCAGUGACCCUGGUGGAACUAACUUAGCCCGACUACAACAAGCAUUUUAUAAGCUCUGCACUCCUUUACUUCCUUUAUCCUCGACUUUUUACGCGGUUUAUAGCUUUUAGAUCAAAAAUUCAUCGGAGACAUGUAAUUUCUAAAUAUUUCAAGUUACAGAUAUCAUGAAUACGUCAUUGAGUAGUGGGUGGCCGCCAUGAGCACAAACUUGGAGGUCACUGCGUAAAAUGAAAAAAAAUCUUGCACAUUCGAGUUAAAAG